AUGUUCUACGAUGCCAGCAAGCUCGCGACCAACGAUGUGCCUUCUUGUAACCGGCGACAAGGAGCACUACCGAUCAAGAACCUCGUGCAACGCUUCCAGAUCCUGCAAAAGAUCACACUCGCGCAAAAAUUGGCUGAAGCUGUUCUCCAAUAUCAUUCAACCUCUUGGUUGCCGCAAGCAUGGACUCUCCAAGAUGUAGCAUACUUUACGGAUCAAUCUCAAGCCGACGCCAACAAUGUGUCCAAUGCACUGGACAGCUUGCAUUUGAGCAACCGCUUCCCAGAUCCAACCUCGCCGGACAGUGUGUCACAGCAGUCCUCUCUUGAUCUGAAGCAUAACUUCGGCAUCCGCAACUUGACGCUAGCUAAACUCGGCGUCGCGCUACUAGAGAUAUGUGCUCAGACGGAUAGCACGACGCCGCAACUGGAGGGGUCGCCUCAAACCCGUGAGAUCAUCGCCGCGAGAAAGCUGCUUGAUGAACAACAUCAUUCGAUCACGACUUUAGGCUCGCGGUACCUGCAAGUCGUGCGCAAAUGUCUAUACUGCGACUUCUCCUGUGACGAUGACCUCCAUGGCGAAGCGCUUCAAAGUGCGGUGUACACCGAGGUCGUGUGUACUUUACAGGAUAUGGGAACUCAAUGGAAGAAAGUGUUCGGUCUUUGA